UUGCGCCUCCGCAGACCAUCAUCUCCCCUCCUUCCCCGCCGCGACUACUGACGCGUCGAGCCAUUCACUCAGCCCGUUGCAGCGAGCAGCUUGCUACUCGCGAGGACGUUGUGUCCUCUCUUCUGGACUUGAGCAUGCUCCAGGCUCGUCAGGAGCGAAUCACCCUCCAUGUCGCUGCACUGCGGUGCCUUCUCGCCAUCCUCUCUAACCCUGAUCGCACCCUCCCGAUCAUCCCAGUACGACUCGGGACCUCCACGAGGGUGUACUCCGCGCUGUGGGAUUCCGGUUCUCAGGGCGACUUCAUUCACCCACGCGUGGUGAAAGAAGCUCGCUUAUCCACGACAGGGUCUCGAACUCCCAUUUCCGUUACCCUAGGGGACGACAAGACCCAGCGCUUCUUCGAUCAGACGGUCACCGACCUCCCUUUCUUCCUCACUCUCGAGCCGACUAAUCGUCCCCCGGCGUCUCGUCGCCACCGCUCCUCUGCACAUUUCGAUGUGAUGGAGACGGGGUACGACUUCAUUCUCGGCACUCCGUGGUCUCGUCGGUUCCGCAGCACCGAGGCCGAUUGGGCAACCAACACUCUCGUUUUCAAAACGAAGUGUGGACAGACGUAUCGCGUAGCUUUCAUCAGUACCACUGCGACACCACACCCCGAUCCUCCUCCCCCGGAGCCUUCCGUGCCCACACCAUCUCCUCCUAUCACUGUCACCUCGCCUCGGCAGUUCGCCCACUUCAUCCGACAGGACGACGUCACCUUCUUUAUGGUGAACGUGACGGAUCUCUUACACUAUGAUCCACCCUGUCCCGACGCCGAGCUCAUCCCUCUGGAGCCAGAUCCUCCUAUCUCCAUGGCUCCCAUCUCUACUUCCGUCCCUCCGCCGUCCGUCGAGUCCACUCCGUCGUCGUGCGCUGACGCUAACGCUGAGGAACUCGCACGAUAUACGGCUAACCUGGACCCCGCAGUUCGUGACCUCAUCUGAGAGUACCACGACGUUUUUCCAUCGUCGUUCUCGUACGCCGGCAUCCCACCGA